AUGAGCAACGUACCCACGCUCGGAGUACCCCGCGGCCCUGGUGAGAGCAGUCUACCCUCCUCGCAAUCAUCCGUCACAAUCCGUCCGAGCCGGAUCCCUACUCCUGUCGGUGCCACCAGCGAACGUCGCAGAAGCGCCAGAUAUGUCGGGGCAGGAAAGGCCUUCGCGCAGCUCGGUGUUCCAACUCACCUCCAACGCUCCACUACACAACCAAACCUGCAUGUCGCGCACGGAGGAAGCACCUCCAAUCUGCCGAGGAAAGCCGUAUUCAAGGAAGAGUUUGAGUUUGCGGCACGAAGAAACCCAUGGAAGGCUGGGACGUUGGAAAGCGAGAUGGGCGAGACUAGUCAUAGAAGAUCAUCAAGAAAAGAGAAGGAGAACGUGGACAUCUGCCGGCCGCUACCAAAGCCAUGGGAGUCGCCCGCACACAGCAGCGUCACUGCUUCUUCCAGCACCUACAGCAGCCACUCAUCCUCGCUCGGCUCAAGCUGGUCACGACUUGAAAGACCAGUCACGCCCAUCAAAGAAACCUGGUACGAGCACCUCGCCGUCACCAACGAACAGAAUGCGGCAACACCCAGAGCGCACCCGAACACACUCAAGGAGCAGCAGACACCAGUAACGGUACAGCGAUGGAAGGGCGACCGCCCACGUCCGAGCCUCCCGAGACUGUCUUCGGGCCACUCAAUAACGCAACACCAGCUACUCCAACCGCUGAGUCCUCCGCUGCCUCGCACGCCGGGUACCUUUGCUGCUAUCGACCAUCUCAGCGCUAAGCUCGUUAACAACUCUCGGGGGGUGCGCAGGUCAUCAGAGCUCAGUCCGACCAGCGAACGCAGCACGCCGUCCAAAGCGUCUUUACUGUUGAGGCGGCAGGUCACCCAAGCCCAACCAAACGGCUACUGGGCCGGCCGCUUCACGACGCUGCACGACCAGCUCCUGGACGCCUCGCGCGACUGCACCGAGCCUGCGCCUGAGUACACGUACGAUCCGAUCACCGACGUCACGGUCCCGAAGAAGGCCGCACCUGGCGCUGAAGAGCGACGCGCGCGGAAGGUGUUCGAGCAGCUGUACGAGGUCUGCAUCACGGACGAGGCGAGGAGUAGUUUGUGCCUCUUCGCGCGCACCUACGGCCGCAUCCACAACAUGCCGUCGAUACUGUGGUCGAGCCUCUCGUCGGCCAAACCGAAAGCAGAGGAUAAAGACGUCACGCCAUCGCCGACCGCGUCGCUGAUGACGGAGAACAAGAAGCCGGGAGAUAUGGGGCCGCCGCGGAAGAUGUCGUUCAUGGAGCGGCUGAUGGGGAAGAACCGGAAGUCGAGCGGGCAGUCGUUGGGGUUCGAGAAGAGCAAUGGGAGAUAG